CCAGACGGUGAUGUUAAUCCUGGACUGCGCAUGGCUGUCUGAUUUCCACAUUCUAGAAGAAAGGGUGAACAUCCAGCAUGAAUAUUAAUAUGCAGAGCAAAAGCAUUAACAGCUGAAGAUGAAACAGGCGGUCACACACUUAAAAUAGUACCCUAGCUGUCGAACAGAAAGGUUUACUGGGCACAGGACAGAGGGAAUCUAAGCAGAGUAUUACUGUUACAGGUUCUAUUUAAUAUCUGAAAAAUAAAUUUAGGACUGCUUUCCAGCUGACUAAUCCCAGAGGAUUAGGGUUUCAUGAAGCCCUAACAGCAGCCGCUGAUCUUGCAAAACAUAAAUAAGAACAUCAUUUGUUUUCUAUGGAAAGUCACAGCAGCUGAGCACUAGAGUGAGACCACUGUUAGCAUGCAGCCUAAUUGAAAGCAUUUGGACUCAGGAUGAAAUUAUUUGCUUGCUUAUUACGGAGGUGGGAUCAUUUCAGAAUAACAGAGUGGAAGAAUAAAGGGGAGUUAUUCCAUACAUCAGUAUUUCUUUAAUUCCCUUUUUACGUUUGUCUGUAAACAGUGGAGAAGGGAUUCGUCUGGAAGCCAUGGCAUGGCUGGAACAAAUAAUCUGCAUGUUAUGAAAUCUCAAUUUCAGAAGAUAUAAUUAGAGUAAUGAGUUGACGUGGUACAGUAUAUAUUUGGCAUUCUGUAACCUUUCCUUGAGCUCAGAGUCGGCUACAGUUCCUGACAUACAUUUCUUCACCGACUGUUUAUUCAAGAGCUAACAAAACAAAACAAACAAACAAAAAAAAUCAUCCUAACAUUGAUAGCUCAAAAAGCAACUUGUUUUAGCGAAACAAUCUGUGGGUUAAUGACCACCAAAGACCAUAAUAAGACAUACUAAAGGAUUACAAGAGCUGUCCCAAGUGCUGAAAUAUAGUUUACACAUUUACAGCCAAAUGUUUCAUUUAAAGGAAAUAUUCCUUUAAAGUGAAGACGUACAACAGGGAGUACUGCAUUAAUCAAAGGGCAGGUGACUGACAGCUUUUUCUCAGAAAUAUUUCAUUUAGACCAAGUGACCUACUUUCAUUAUGAGAAGGAUGGCUCCAGCCAAGGUUCUGUCUUGUUUACUGAUAGUACUACUGCUACUAAUUUUUGUUGCUACUUGCCAGGCAGUCUGUGUGGAGGUGUUGUCAGAAACAGAAGCAGUUGUGGGAUCGAAUAUGAAACUUCUGUGUAUUUCCUGCAAAAAGAGGGAAGAAGUGAAUGCCAUCACAGUUGUCGAGUGGUUUCAUAAGGCUUAUUAUAAUGACACAGACAUACUUAUUGCUGAGUACAGGGAAGGUUUUGUGACAAUGGAAGGAUCGUUUACAGACAGGCUACGCUGGAAUGGAAGCCGAGACCUGCAGGAUGUCUCUAUUGUUCUGUUGAAUGUCACAACGAGUGAUAGCGGGAUAUAUACUUGCAAUGUGACUCGGACAUUUGAAUUCGAUUCUCAUCGUCUGUCUUUUCAGAACACAAAAAACAUUUCUCUCACAGUACUGCCUGAUGGUAAAAACGACUUCACUUCUUAUGUGUCUGAAAUUAUGAUGUACAUUCUGCUAGUCUUCCUGACAGUGUGGCUUCUUGUAGAAAUGCUGUACUGCUACCGGAAGAUUUCAAAAUCUGAGGAGGUUACUCAGGAGAGUCAGUGCUUAGAAGGAUGAAGCACUAUCGCCCUGUGGAAUGAGAUGGAAGGUUCUAUGGAAAGCCCUGUGGAAAGAGUAUAUUAUAUUAAUUUUGUCUCUGAUUUUGCACCAUUUUCAUUUCUGCUUUAGAAUCCAUUCUAUUCAACUUGCAUGUUUGCUGUACAAAUGAAAUGCUGACAUUCCCUUUCUGGCAUGGUAUGCAAAGGGAAUUCCACUCACCUUCUUGUCCAUCCUACAUUUUAUUUAUGCCUUAGCAAAAUAAGGAAUGGAUCAUUUCUUUUUUCCAUUUUUUGGGAUAUGUUCUAGAGAGGGAUGCAACAUUAUUUUUUCUGAUAAGUAAUUUAAUUAAGGUAACUCCCUGAGCUUAUACACAUCUGUUGAUUGUUCUGUCUGGAUGUUUCAUAGAACUUCUCAAAGAAAUGUCACUGACUGACUGACUCACAGCAGAACUUCAUGUAGACAGAACAUUUCUAGGGAGAUCCACAUUAAUACUAGGACAGAAUUAACUGGCAGUAUAAAAGCAGGGGUUGAAACAGCAAAGCACGAUACAAUUAAAGAGUAAUUUUCGUGUAAAUUAUAUCUAGCUUAGCUGUGCACAGAUCCUAUAAAUUCCACAAACCAUUUUGAUUUAAACUAACACAACCAUAAAAUCACAUCAGAUUAAAUGUGAAUAAGAUGGCUGUUCCAUUUUUACACUUGGGUUCUUCCCAUUUUGAAUUUCAGACAAUGAAUUUCCUACUUGAAAUUGUUUGACUUCAGUAUCAGAAGAAGUCACUUCAGUGGAUAAGAGUAUUGAGGUACACACUAAAAGAAAACAAAUAAGUAAAGGCAGGCCGUAAAAGACUAUGAUGCAUAUAAAGGCAGGCCAUAAGAGACUAUGAUGCAUAGAACGUUCUAUAGAAAAGUGACUAAAGCAUUAUGCAAGUCAAGUUUUUUAAUAUAAAUUCAGAUGUUAUGUCAGGGAUUUUAAAUAAAUUGGUAAAGUGUUAUGAAGAAGCACACUUUACACUAGACAAAGAAAAAAAUCUACUGAUGUGCUCGAUUUUUCCAUUAAUGUUGGGUAAAGUAUGUUACCUUUUAAUUAUUUCAGUUACUCCGGAGUACAGAGUAUUACAUUUUCUUGUGCUUUGCCUAGUAAUUAUUAUUUACCAUGUCAGUAUGACUUAUUUUAUAUCAAAUCAAUUUCAGAUGGUUCUCUGCAAUCCUACUAGAUAAAAGUUACUAAACCUUUUGCAUCCUUCUACAAAUACAAACUCAGUGGAUUAAUCAUCAUUACUAAAAUGCUUUUAACAUAAAAUUCCCUGGUUUAGAAGAGGCAUUGCCAAACCUGUUGCAAGUGGUUGGAAAAAAAAGGCAAUUUAGGAUUCUUAACUGAAGACCAUUUGACAAUCAACUGAUUACAGUCCAUCAGUGCCCCCAAAGUAUAUCCAUAUAUCAUGCUGGUAAAAUUUUAUAGUAAAUUAUAUUUUGAAAUGAUGCACAGGAUUAAUUAUCAUAUAUCACAGAUGGUGAACACAGCCUCUGCAGAAAAUAUAGUGUUUGCAGAUUUGUUCGUUGUUGAUCUGAUGGUCUUCAUUUGAUAAAUUUAUACUAUAAAAGAUCUACUUACAGAUCCUAGUAGAAAGGCUUUGCUGAUAAAAAUGGUUGUUGAUCAUCUCUGUUCAUUUUCACUUUUUGUGAGAUGCACAGAGUUUACUGAUCACCAUAUAAAAUAUGUUUAUAGGCCUUUGUACUCUGUAACUUGUACAACUCCAUCUUUGACAAGAGAACAAAACCCCUCACAGCUUAAAUGGAUACAGAGGAUGCAUGGUUUCAUGAAUAAUUGCAACACUGGAUUUUUUUUUUCUGAAAGAUAUGUGUGUGUACUAUAAAAAUAGUUAAGAACAAGGCUUACUACAUCAUCAACAUGUAGCACAAACGGAAUGAAGGCACAACUGUAUUAGUGAUAAUCACAGCCAACAAUCAUAGAAUAUAAGCAUUUCAUCAUAAUCUGAGCAUUCCCUCUCAAAUGAAUACUGAACAUCACAUUUAAUGGAAAAUGCAUAUGGAGCAGAUUAUAUGAUCUGGGUUUGGUUAACCAAUAUGUUUUAAAUGCAUCUUUAUAUUAAUAAAGUAUUCCAAUGCAAGCAUGAAUUAAACUACAGUGAAAUAAUUGCUAUAAACUGUUAUGGCUUCAGUUGACUAAGAAAAAGUCAAGAAAAAGUAGAACUUCCUCCAGGAACUAAUGGUGUUCCUGCAAAAAUAUCCAAUGAAAUACUGAAGAAAAUCAGGUAUCACCAAAACAUGGUAGGUUAAAAAUCACAAAACAAAGAUUAAUGCACUUAGUAAAAUAAAAUAAAAAAGAAAAUAAAUUAAAUAAAUACAUAAAUAUCUAACAUUUUAUUUAUUUUACUAAGUAGCUUUGCUUUGUGAUUUUAGUCCUACUGCAUUUCAGUGAUUCCUGAUUUUUUUCACCAUUUUGUAAGAAAAAAGUCAGCUGAAGAACACACUUUCCCCAGUGCUGGUAGGAGACAGCAAAUCCAAAUUAUUUUGCUUUAUUUCUCAUGACAGCUAUAAAUGUUGGAAAAUAUUAUGCUAUUAAAUUUGAAGCAUUUUAUUACACCCAAACUAGAUAAGUGAUGCAAAUUUAAUUUUCUGAAUAGGACAACAUUAGUUUAAUGUAUUUUUCCCCUUAAAAUCUAAACGAUCACCACUAACAUUCAUGUAGCAAGGACAAAAUUGCGGUCUUGGCCAUUUCACAGUAAUUUGACAACAAUUUAAGAAUUUUAAUUUUUUUCUACAAAAUUUAGGAAAAUGUGCUUAUAUAUUUGCUUUCAUCUGUAAAUAAAAAAAAAACAUGUGGUUCAUUCUUAACAUCAUUUAAUUUAUCUAUGGCUAAAUAUUUUCUUCUGGGCUUGGAUUACAUUCAUAAUGCUCAUGCUUUAUGAUUUAGUUUACACUGCUUGAUUUUUUACAAUUAAUAAAAAAAGCUCUUGCAUUUGGCUGUUAAAUAGGAAAAUACAUAACCGUUUUAGUCCCCUUCAUAUUCUCAUCAUUUCUGACCAGGGAAAAAUCUUGAGCCUUUGAAGACAAAAUGUAUUCAAAUAUUUGACUUAAAAAUAAAAAUAACAGGAAAUUUAAGCUCUAUACGUAUCCAUUUUUUUAAAACAUCUUUAAUAAAUUAUCACUUAAGACAUAGGCACACAUAGAUUAAUAAAAAAGAAACCAAAAAAAACUGCAUUGACAUUUUGUCAUGUAUUAUACAUUACAUAUACAUUUUCUUUUUUAUACAACUGUCAUUCACUUUGAUAUUACAUAAAUUACUCAAUCCUUGCCUUCCUUUAAAUAUCACUCCUCCUCCUGAACAUUAAUUUGGAUGCACUUUUCCUACAAAUUCCAUUUAUUUCUAUGUGAUUGUUCAUUCCCUUUUCUA